AUGAACGGCACUCCCCAACUCCGAUCCGCCUUCCCCCAAAGUCCCCAGACACUAGGCCGCGAUGGACGAAGACAAACUGCUUCUCCGGCCGUCGCGACACCUCAAAAUGUGAACGUGACGAAUGCUUCACGACCUGCCCAACCUGGAGCGGACGGCCCUUUGAUUCCGAUCGACGUGAUCGACGCACCAUCGCAACGAUUCUAUGUCGCGGCACUCUAUAUUGCGCUUGGAGCAUGGCGGAUGUAUGACUCUAUGGGUGCUGCGGACGAAUUGGACUCGACGUGGUUGUUUCUCAAAUGGAACUUCAUUGAUGGUGUCUUUCUAUUUGGCAUACAAGCGUUGAGAGUGCCCUGGUUAGAAUGGACGUUUCCAACUUUUCUGGCCAUCUUCCUGCUCCAUGCGGCUGCCAAUGUGUUUUUAAUGUUUCGCAUACCGAUACCCCUCGGGGCAUGGGGAGGAAUCCUUUGGAAAGUCUUCUACGACCGAGAAUUGUCGAUAUCAGAGCGCAGUGUUAAACCUGGGGACAUCAUUCAUAAUGCCUCCUUGAUUCUGGGCAAGCAGAUUAUUCACAUACUCCCGGAAGGGUCCGCUGUACUAAAUCCAGACGGAAGACCAUUGUGUCUUAACUCACAACAGACGACCGUUGCUCUCCCCAUGCGUAUCAACCAGACUUCACCUAUACUCCUCGAAAUUCUACGCUACGAUCUAUCUACUGGACACAACGAAACCAUUAGCAUAUCGCACAAACAACUCAAGUCAAUGAAAAAGCAGGCUGGCGAAUCAGCUGCGGAUGGACAUAUUGAUCUUUACUUUCCUAUCAAGAAGACAGGCAUCUACCGCUUGGCACGCGUUUUGGACGAGUCGAAUCUGGAGGUGCAAAUCAAGGCAUCCGAUAUGUUGGUCCCAGCCUGCCCUAGAGCGGUCCCGAAGAACACAUUUGUCGACAAAUGUAAAGGCGACUUAUCCGAUAUUAAUCUUGAAGUGGAAGGAGUCGCACCACUUAAAGUGAAGUACAGCCGCAGGAUCAACGGGUUUGAUGGCGGGUUCUCAUUCCAGAAUGUACACGCUGAAGGCUCCUUAGUCCCAAUAACCAGUCGAAAACCGUCCGGGAUCCUCAUUGAUCCCAAACAACCAGACACCCCUUUCUGGGCUCACACCGUAAAUUUGCGUAUAGCAUUGAAUGAGACCUUGGACGCUAGUGGCGAGUGGGUCUACACCAUUGAGGAAGUCCACGACGCACAAGGAAACGUCGCUAAUUACUCGUCUUAUCUGGAUGAUACGGAUCGAGCAUCGUUGAAAGGCGUGCUGCAAUGGCAUCAGUUUUCCGUCCAUGAACGGCCAAGACUCUCAAUGAUUGGCUGCAAUGCUCAGAAAUUCCUUCAGACUGCGAAAGGAGAAACCGCCGAAUUACCUUUACAUUUCCACUCCACUGGAAGAGAUUAUAGUGACGAUGCGCCAUUCCAGGUCACUUACUCUUACUCUAAUCGCGAAGAAACAGACAGUCAAAGUGAUGUUUCUAAGAUCCGACAGAUAUCAUUGAAAACAGCGGAGAGCCGACCAAAGAUCAAAGAGCCUGGAUGGUAUACUUUGGAAUCUGCCUCAAGCCGUUUCUGCCGCGGAGAAAUACUGGAGCCAUCCUCUUGUCUGCUCCAUAACCCCCCAGAACCUGAACUGUCUCUACGACAAGAAAAGCUUUUUGAUAAGUGUGCCAACAACUCUGUUGGUCUUCUUGUCGAUUUGGAUAUGAUUGGAUCACCUCCAUUCCGUUUGCGAUAUUCCAUUGAGAGCGACAAGGGCACAAAGACCUUCUCCGAGGUCAUAAGCGGUCUCCGAGGACAGCUGGACUUUACGCCAACCGAAGCGGGUCGAUACCGAUAUCGGUUUCUGGACAUUGCUGACAGUGUUUACGGUCCACAGCCACUUAAAGACAAGGUGCAGGUCCUGGAGCAAGACGUUAAACCGCAAGCAUCGGCCCACCUCAUAGGCACGCACAAACCACAGAGAACCUGCUUUGGAGAGUCGGCCACUGUUGGUGUCUCUUUCAUAGGCGAGGCUCCCUGGAUUCUACAAUAUGAGGUUGUUCAUAACGGCAAGAAAACCAAACAUGAGAUAGAAAGCCAUGAAUCUCUUGCCACCAUUGUAACAGAGCCACUGUACAGUGGUGGAGAGCACAUCAUUUCGCUGACUGGUGUGACGGACCGUCUGAAUUGCAAGCGCGCAUUGAAAGACAGUACAGUCGUCCAUGUUCGCCCUAAGAAGCCUCAAGCUUCCUUUGGAUUUAUUGAAGAGAAGCGGACUACCCAGGCACUGGAAGGUAAAACAGUGUCAUUGCCGCUGAGACUAAGUGGACAAGCUCCCUGGAUUGUGAAGUAUCGCAACCUGGACGUAAACCCCGGCCGUAUAUUCGAAAAGAAGCUGUGGGAUGAGAAUGGGGCUAUACCGGUUUCGCAGAAUGGAGUCUAUGAGCUUAUCGAAGUCUUUGAUGCUACUUGUCCUGGGAACAUUGAGGAAUCCGCAAGUACCUUUGAGAUCAAGUGGAUCCCUCGGCCAGCAGUAUAUGUGCCAGGACGCACUGGUGUCGGUGAGAAUGUGUCAAAACGCAGUGUCUGCCAAGGCGACGACGAUAUUUUGGAGUUGAAGCUAGAAGGCAAGGCUCCUUUCAAUGUCAAAUACGAACAUCAUGAACGUGCUGGGGUCAAGGUACGGAAUUUAAAAAGCACCUCCAAUGUGGCAUCCUUGGAACUCGAUACUUCAAAGUCAGGCAAUCACGUCUACAAGUUUAUUGGCAUUUCAGACGCGCUCUACGAUGCUGAUCCAAAAGAGCAAAACCAAAUCAGUAUCUCUCAGACAGUCAACGCGUUACCAUCUGCUCGUUUUGAGUCACCAGGUCAUAUUUACGCGUUUUGCAAAGAGGAUAGUGAUGGUGAUGAGUUGAUUCCCAUAGUACUGGAAGGACAACCCCCAUUUUACCUUGAUAUCUCCAUUAAGCAUCAUUCAAGCGCAAAGCCUGAAGUGGUGCCCGUUGGCCCAAUUCAUAGUCACAAACACAAACUCCCCAUUCCCCGUCGACACCUAGAACUCGGCCAACAUGUCGUUAGUAUCCAUCGUGUUGGUGAUUCUCUUGGAUGCCAACGAAUUUUUGAGAAGGACCUAUCGUCUGUUCGCGUGGUAGUCUCGGACGUCCCCACGAUCAUCCCCCUCGAGUCGCAAACAGAUUACUGUGUCGGAGAACGCCUCUCAUUUUCACUUUCUGGUCACGCACCAUUCGACGUCUUCUACACCUUCGAAGGGGUCAAAAGAAAGGCCUCUUCACAUACAACCACAUUCCGACGCAUAGCCGAGAAACCAGGUGUAUUCACCAUCACUGCAGUCAGCGAUGGCGCUAGUGGCCGUUGUCAAGCCCACAAGAACAUCACCAAAGUCAUCCAUGAGAUGCCCAGUGUGCGAAUCAGCAGAGGACGAGAAAGCAUUGUUGAUAUCCAUGAAGGUGGCGAGGCGGAGAUCAACUUCGAAUUUGGAGGAACUCCGCCAUUUGAAUUUACAUACACGCGAAGCUCAAACGCCAGAAAAGGCAAACCGGCCGAAAUCCUCGACAUCAAACAUGACAUCUCUUACGAAUACAAAAAGACAAUCAAGACCUCGGAUGAAGGGACCUAUGAAGUGGUCGCAAUCAAGGAUAAAUAUUGCUCAUUUUCAACGCAAAAGGCAUCUGCAAAGAUUGCGAAACAGACGAAGAAAUCAAUUACGAAUUAAAGACGGAGGGAGAGGACAUGAAAGGAAGAGAUACCUGAACCUUUCUUGUCUGGAAAAUGCGGAGUUUUUUGUUUUGUAUGAUCUUCCGACUUUGGGAAAUGUUAUAUUCUUUUUCUCAUGAAUACCUUUUUAUUAUAAUUGCAUUGCGAUGAAACUUUUUCUUUCUAUUUCUCUCUCAGAAGGAGUAUAGUUCUAUACAUUUUUUAUAUCGAUGUUGUGCACCAGACUUCCGCCCAAUCGAGCUAUUUCGUUCAAUAUGGAGUCCUUGUUCAAGGUGACCUCAACAGAUGAUGAAUCCUCGCCGUGUACGGGACGAGUAGAGUAUGCGGUUUUCAGAUUCAUUGGUCGUGAUGUGGUCGAUGUUGGUUUCCACAGACCUGCAAUGACAUUCUCCUCGUGGCUGUAGAAGAAGAGGAUACAAUGCUCAAAGAUAGUUUGAAGUUCAUACAGAUAAGACACCAUGAUAUCGCGACUCGAAGCUUCGGAUGAUAAAGACAAACUAGCUGAACCCUUGAGGUUCGCAAAUUGUUGGGUACUGUGUUUCUUGCUCUUC